AUGGAGAUUCCCAUGCAAGUGAAUCUGAACACGAGCAAAAUGGUUUCAACGACAUCAAAAUUCGUGUUCAGGCAAAAGCCUUAUAAUAAGGUUAAAGCUAUAUCAUGUAGGGUUGAUAAUUUAGCUAUGCAAAGAGCAAAGACCAACUUUUAUAAAGUUCUUUCUCUCGAUUCUGAGAAUGUGGGUUUAGAUGAAAUAAAGAAGGCUUAUAGAAGAAUGGUUCUUCAAUACCACCCCGAUGUUUGCCCUCCUUCAGCCAAAGAAGAAUCCACAAAGCGAUUUCUUGAGCUUCAAAUGGCUUACGAGACACUUUCGGAUCCAAUUUCUCGUGAAAUGUAUGAUUAUGAGUUGGGUUUGGUUAAUCCAAUGGGGUAUGGAGUUGUUGACUGUUUGAUGGAGGAAAGAAGAUCAAAAUUUCCAAGAGAUGUUUGGGAAAAACAACUCGACGGACUAAAGAAACGAUCUCAUGUUAGAAUGCAAAGGAUGAAAUAUAGGUCCAUGUAG